GUAAACAUGGAAGGAACAUACGUAGAAACGGCUCAUGUAAAACCAGAGUUCACAAAUAUUUCCUUGGAAACAGAGAAGCCUAGAAAACACAAAAAACCACCUAAGAGAAUUUUACACUUCAGUGAUGGAAUACUUGAGGAGUAUUCUUCAUCAGAUGAAGAAGAGGAAGUUGUCAAACAGCCUGUGGUAGAUCCGAAAACACUGAGAUGGUUGCCAUGGAUGUGGUAUUACUUCAUGCAUGCAGCCACAGGAACACUCUCAGUGGCUGACAAAUGUGGAGAAAAGCUGGCGUGGUUUUUUGGAAUAACAUCACCCAAAUAUCAGGCAGCUAUAGAUGAAUAUUACAGGCUUAAAGAGGAGGAAGAGAAGGAGAUGGCUGAGGCACAGGCUCAUGCGUUCAAGCCUCCAGAAAGCAUGGAAGUGGUGGUCACAAAUGACCCCAAGGGAGACUCAGACAAACAGCAUGAAGGGACGGAGCUGGAGAAAUACUAAACAAGAGCGAUUGGUGCAUACAACUUGACCAGGGUCCCAUUGCACAGUCUGCAUCUAGUGUUACAUACACACACUCAUGCAUGUGUACAAGUAACUACCAUGGAAGCAUUGCAGCUAUAAGGACUGUUGCUGUGGUAGUUACACAAGGUGUAGUGCCAUUUGUGAAACUUUGUGAAUCUCUGUGAAACUAGCUCUCUGUGAUAUGACUUUUUCAUCCUCUCUUGGAGGAGUAUGACUAUGCUAAUUUCUUCACUCAGUUUUUGCCUGUGUGUGGUGGGCAACCAUCAUAGAUCAUUAUUCACAAGGUUAUUCUUAUGCAGAAGUGUGUAAAAGAUUCAUAGAAAGUUACUCCUUAAGGAAAAACAAAAUUAUGCCCAAAAAAUGAGAAUCAAAAUUUUUAUCUUUCAGGUAUGUCGUAUCUCGUAAUUACCCCUUUACUUUCAGCUUAUUUUCCGUCAGUGGUUGUAAAUGUUUGGAAAUGAUGUCAGUGGUGAACUUACGUGGAAUGCAGGACAAACUUAGAAUCCGCUCCCUCCCCCCAUACCACUACCAUUUUGAAUCUUCCUUCACAACAUGAUUAUGGUUUUAACAGCUAUUGCUACUGUUGCCACAAUUACAGAUUACAAAAUUUCCAGAUUGACCCUUGCAGCCUUUUGUAAACAGUAAUUUAAUGCCAUUUUUACCCACUAAGAACAUGGCUGAAAAGUUUUUUUUUUGUACUCGUAUGUCUGUACAC